CAAAGCUUUCCCAUUUUGCAGUUUCUCCUAUCAAACGUUACAUAACCAAAUUAAGAAAGGGUGAAAUUGUGCACUCACAUGCCUUUAUAUUGUUCCACUUUGUGUGCAAACAUGGCACAUACCUUAAAACUUGGGAAGAGAAAUGAAAACUUCAUAUGCAGCCAUGCACAAACAAAAGAUUCCUGCUUUAUGUCUCAACACCAUAAACCCACCAAUACUCUCCCAACCCACAUUGCUUCUGUGUCAAAAUCUGAUCAAAGCUUUUCUUCUCCUGUGAUGGAGGAGGACCAAAAAGUACUGGGUCUUGUCUCAGAACCAGAGGAAUAUUGCAGGGAGUUAGAUGUUGCUGUUAGAGCAGUUCAGAUGUCAUGCUUCCUCUGUCAGAAACUGCAAGACACUUGGAUUUUGAAUUCUCAGAUCAGCCAUCCCUAUUCACCGCUCACAGUAGCAGGUUUGAGUGUCAACACAAUUGUCAGCUGGAUAUUGUCUAAGUGUUUAGGGAGUGAAAAUGUCUCAAUUGUAACUGAAAAGGAUGUUCAGACACUAUCCAAUACUAAUAAAUCAGAACUGUUGGAAGCUGUGGUUAAAACUGUGAAUGAAUGUCUAGCUGAAGCACCACGGUUUGGGGUUGAAGAGCCAAAAUCAGCUCUGGGAACUUCAGAGGUUCUUGAAAUCAUUAGUUGCAGCAACUUAGUUGGAAGUGCUUCAGGAAGAUUUUGGGCACUUAGCCCUCUUGAUGGCAAAAUGGGCUCUGCAUGUGGCGAUCAAUAUGCUGUAGGUUUAUCACUGAUAGAGGAUGGUGAAGUGGUGCUUGGAGUUCUUGGCUGUCCAAACUACCCUAUGAGAAAGGACUUGUUUAGCUACCAUCUCAGCUAUCAAAGGAUGAUAUCUAUGUUGACUCCUCCAACCUCAGAAACUUGGAAUAAAGGUUGUAUAAUUUAUGCUGAGAGAGGUGGUAGGAAAGCUUGGAUCCAACCACUGCUUCAUGUCAAUAAGAAGUAUGUGUGGCCAAACCAUGCAAAACAAGUUUCUGUGUCUUCCGUUGACAACCUAGCGUUGGCCACUUUCUGCCAACCAAUUGAAAAGGCCAAUUCAAGCCACACUUUUACUGAGGGAUUGGCUCAGAGUGUUGGUCUCAGUAAUCAGCCACUAAGAGUAUACAACAUGAUGAAAUAUGCCGCAAUAGCUUGUGGGCAUGCUGAGGUUUUCAUGAAGUUUGCAAGGGCUGGUUACAAGGAAAAAAUAUGGGAUCAUGCUGCUGGUGCUAUCAUCAUACAAGAGGCUGGAGGCAUGGUAACAGAUGCUAAGGGGAACCCCCUUGACUUCUCAAAAGGUUUAAACUUAGAAAGCCUUGAUCGUGGUAUAGUUGCUUGUGCUGGAACCACACUACAUGAAAAGAUCAUCGAUGCAGUUGAUGCUAGUUGGGUCUCUUCUUGUCUUUGAGACUGCUGUAAUAACUUACAAGCAUAUGGGAUAUGUACUGAGAUUAUGUGAACAAUGUAUAAUCUUUUCCUUUCUGUUUUACACAGUAUCACACAAAUCUCUCUGCUUAUGUACAUGUUAUAGUUUAUGCAUUGGUGCCGACUUGCUAAGCUGAAAUUACUAUCGUUUGAAAUGAAAGUUUAAGGCUGUUACUUUGUA